AUGACGCCAUCGCAGGUAGCAGCGCGCAAGGAGCGUCCAUCGCUCGAUCCAUCGACCGCCCAGCGCCUCGCGAAUUUGUUAAAGUACCCGUUCAAGCUGGGCACGUCGGGACAAAGUUACACUCGACGCAGCAUGAGCGUUGACGUGGAUCAUCGAGCACAAGAACGUUGGGCAAGUCCUCGUCAUAGCAGAUCGUUUCAUUUGGACAGUUUGGUUGAUUCCGUGUGCAUUGACGAGGGUGUUGAGGAAAUCGAUUUCCUGAACGGCACGACGGUGGCGCUGCGUGACGGUAGCCAUAUCAUUGUCCCACCGAGUCACGUGCCGUCUUCAGUGCCAUCCAUCCAUUCCAUGCACAAACAUCCCACCAACGUUUGCAUUCUCACCGUACAGUGGCAGAGCGGUGCCCUUGGAUUGAUGCUUCAGAACAUUGAGAACCGACCCGUUGUCAAGGCAUUCACCGACGAAGUCGACUGGCAUACGAAUCCGCAGCUGACUCAGCUCCUUCCACGCGACGAACUCGUGGCUAUCAAUGAAACAUCGGUGAUCCUCCUCGGAUUUGACGCUGCCAUCGAUCGGCUACGACACGUUGAAAAGCCUGCGACCCUUCAGUUUCGACGUGUCCUUGUCCAUGACUCUACCAGCCAGGGAGUCGUGCCGCAUGCAUCUCCUUCCGACGAGUCAUUUCUGUUGUCGUCGCCAAUAUGGGGCUAUGGUAAUACUAGUAGCAGCAGGACCAGCCUGUAUACCCCGCCGACAUCGAUGGUGCCCAUAUUGCAGCAGCAUUCGAUGCCCGCAAGCGACGUUGACAUAGACGACGCGCGGGAGAGCCUGGGUAAAACCGAGUUAUUCCCACUCUCGACAACACACAACGUGUUCACAAUGUUGCGGUGGUCGGGUGAACCGCUUGGCAUUGCGUUGCAGAAACAUCCGACAAGUGGGCACUUGGAGAUCAAACUCUGCACAGGGGGCGGACUGUCGGCGUCGCACGGGUGUCUGGCUGUGGGCGACGUGCUGGUCUCCGUGGCUGGCGUUCCCAUGCAAACGUUUGGGCUCGCCACAUGCCUCGACUUUCUCAAUGCCACGCAAAAGCCCGUGUCCAUGGUCUUUCGCCGCCACGGAGCUAACCCCCCUCCCCCCCGUACUGAGCCCCCCAAUUCGGCAAACAAUACCCUCCUCACCGACGACGAUGAUCAAGCCCCUCAAGAAUACACCGUCGAGUGGGACGUCAACAUGUCGACACGACUUACGCUCCAACCCAUGUUUUGCAAGCACAACUUGGUGCUGAUUGUUCUAAACGUUCACGCAUCGUCGAUGCCCCAAGAACGCGUUCAAGUUGGAGACAGACUCAUGGCUAUCAAUGGCCUCGUCGUGAAUGAACUACCUCUGGAUACAGUCAAAGCCAUGCUGGCAGUGACGGCACAGCUCACGUUCCACCACCAUAUCUCGACUUGGACUGUCUAACCCUUCCCUUCACUACCUAAAAUAUAUUUUUCCACUCGAAUACGUAUUGUGGACA